AUGACGCUGGAUACUGCAAGAGAGGGGAAAAAUUGGAACGUCAGUGACACAGUCAAGACUGUCAUUCAAGUCGGUGACAGUAGGAGAGGCAUAACUCGUACCAGACAAUCUCCCAAGAGGUUCAAAGAAAAAGUCAUGAUACCUCGUGAUAUGAAAAUACUUAUGCUCUCUAGUCUCGACAUUCCAAUCUUUAAAAUCCGAUUAUCAUGUAUAGAAUUACAGCCCGACGGCGAGACCCGGGACGACGCCAUCGCCACCAACCACCGCCUCCGCGCCGUCCGGACCCGCAUGGAGGACUCGUACGACACGGCUCGCACGGCGCUCCUCACGCUCCACACGCAGUACAAUCAGAGCAAGAGCACGUGGAAUGUGUUCACGCGCUACGCCCUCCUCAAGGCUAUGAUUAAGGAGGUGGUGAGGCUCGAGACGGAAUACUGGCAGCUAUUGGACAUCCCCCGUCAGGAGAAGCAAGAGCCUGUCCUCACGUACGUCCUGCGAGCGUGUGCCAUCGUCGAGAAGAGCCAAAGGUCGCAGGAGCAGGCGGAGAAGGCGCACCGGGCGGACGAAGACGAGGAGAGAAAGAGAGAAAACGCACAGAGGCUCAACGGGAUGACAACGUCUCAGAUUCUGGAGGAGAACACGAUGCUGACCAACGAACUCUACAGGCAGCUGAGGAAAUACUCCUCGCUACGCACUCUCAUGAGGGAACUCAAGGAUGACUACGUCGAGAGCAAAAUGUACCCGAUCAUCCCCAGAUACUUCAUGUUAAAAGAGAUGAUUCACGACGUCAUGCGGGACCCAGCCUUCGUGGAGAUCUGCCACGAGGUCACCCAAGGACCACCGCCACCUGCGACUUAGUAGGUUCUCCUCGAGCCAGCCGAGCACGAACGCCGAGGACUUACUUUCUAGUCGCUCUUUUGUCUCGAGAAAGUUCGAGGGACGCUCACCUCAAAGGACGCCGCCGAUUUACUGUUCCUCGUCGAGUACGUUUUCAAAGCAGUCAUGACCAAAUCCUCAGGCCGUUUUCUGUUGCAAA